AUGCUCUCGGAGCCAGUGACUAGGAGGAGGGGCACCGAGGGCCGUAGGGGUUCGGCUCCCGCCCGCCCACGUGGUGCUGCCCCGCGGCAGCGUCGGGGCACCGAGCCCCGAAGCCAGAGCCAAAGCCGAGGAAGUCCUCGGCCAGGAUGGGAUGAGGACACCCGUGCACCGACUUUGUUCGACACUCGCUUGCGGAGGCACAUCUUCCAACCGUACAGCCGUGCCGCUGUCGAGAGUGUUAUGGCAGGGCCGCGGAUGCCGCGGCCACGAACGAUCCCUGCAACUGCCCUUCGGACGGCGCCGGCGCCGCAGACAGUGCAGCCUGCGCAGCCCGCGCGCCCAAAGCAACAGAAGCAACCGAAGCACCAGAAGCACCAGAAGCCAGGGCAGCUGCGACGCCGGCUGCAAGUAGCCCCGCGUACAGAUCGCCCCGAAAGUGGUGUUCGACCUUCAGAGGAGGUGCCAGAAGCACCACAGCCGCCUGCCCAGGCGCCAAGCGACAGCAAAGAAACCACCUCAGAUCCUUCGGGGUGGCCGCCUCCGCUGCUACCAUUCCAGGUGCUGCCUGUGACACCUGGACCAGAACAGCUGCAAGUCACCCACAUGCAGAGAAGGCACGCCGUGGCCAGCUUGAGUGAGAAACUGGCCAUUCUUCUGCCAGAUCCUCAAGAACCCAGCAGAGCUGGGCAGGUUCUGCUGAUGCCGCCUGUUCCGGCACACGACCCCAUUGAUCAUGUGGAGCAGAAACGGGAGAUUCCGAUCAAGUUGGUAGAUGUGCCCACCAUGCCGGCCAAAGCACAGAGCUUGUCUCAGAAGCUCUCGGCGCUUCUCGGGCCGGAGCAUCCGCCUUGCCCCUCCCCGCAGCGGCGCCGGGACGUGGCGCCGGGUGCACUUCUUCAGCAGAACGCUGCAGAAGUUGUUCGCAAGGUUGACUUUCUCACGGACGGAGUGUUGGAGCACCUCCUCGGAGAUGCACUUCACCGCCUCGAUGCGCUGCCCGAGAAGCGCCAGCAGCACUCCAUGCGUUCCGUGCCUUCUGACGACCGGCGGCCUCAGCCGCGGCACGAGGAAGCAGACGGGCAGACGCGCGACCCGCGGGCGGAAAGCUUGGAGAAGCUGGUGCAGCACGCUGAGGACAAGUUGGAGAUGCUGGAGCACGAGCUCAAGCUGACGUACCUCCAGCAGGAGCCCGCUGCCGGAAGGAGUCCCAAGCAGGAAGCUCGCCAUUUGCAUGUGAGCUCCUGCCCAGACUCGGAGGAGGAGGAGGAAGAGGAGGACAGGGCUUAG